CAGAAAACCAAACUCCCUGUCGUUUUGAGCAGAAAAAUCGUCGGUUCCCCUAAGAAUCUUUGCGUUUCCGUGAUUACUGAGCUAAGAUGGGUGAAGUCAUUCUAGGCAUGCCAGGACCAUGGGCUGAUAAUAAUUAUGAAUCAUCUGAUCAUUAUACAACUAAAAUUGGUGGACUUCCUGACUGGCCUGUUCCAAAUAUUGCCAUAAAUCCUGAUCUGCUUAAAUGCAGUGCAUGUGGAAGCAAUCUCUGUCUCGUUGUGCAGGUAUAUGCUCCGAGUGAAAGUAAGACUCUGACGAUUGAAGAGCGUGUAAUCUAUGUUUUUGGCUGUAUAAUGCCAAAAUGUGGGAGCAGUCCAGGAAGCUGGCGAGCUCUUCGGGUUCAAAAAUCUGUGUGUGGUAAGGAAUCAAAUGCCCCCCGUCCUGAGGUGUCACCUCCGCCUGAAUCGUCCCUUUCAUCUCUAAAAACUAAUUGGUUAGAGGAUCUAUGGACAUCUAGUUCUAGAGAAGAGGACAAUGAUGGAAAUGAUAAUGACAUAGAUCUAGAGGAGUUGGGCAGGGCAAUUUCGGAAGCUGCAAGCUUGGCUUGUCAUUCAAAGAAACAAGGGAGUAAGUGUCAUACUGAGGCUACUGUGAAGCGCUCCCCUGUAGAGCGAGCAGCAAGAGGAAUUGAUCAUAACACACCAGUGCUGCCUUGCUUUUAUGUAUAUGCUCGGGAAGAAGCAUUCUUGAAGGAGGUUACUGCUACUUUUUCAAACUUCCCCUCACUUUCCAUCAAGGAGAACCAAAGCAAUCUUGAUGAUCAUGUACAGGAAGAGACAUGGGAAGAGGAGAGUUAUGAAUAUGAUAGAGCAUUGAAUGCUGACAGAACUUACCUCAAGUUCAAGAAGCGAUUGGAUGCAUACCCUGAGCAAUGUUUCAGAUACUUAUAUGGCGGAAAGCCACUGCUGGCUUCCAGAGAGGCAGGAGAUCCUGGGAUAUGCAGCCUCUGCGGUGGCUCACGACAUUAUGAAAUGCAGUUGAUGCCCCCAGUGCUAUAUUUUUUACAGGAAGCGACGGAUGAUUCUUUUAAGCAUUCACUGGACAACUGGAACUGGAUGACUCUAAUUGUAUAUACUUGUUCCAAGAGCUGUUCAAACUCUGCCAUAGAAGAGUACAACAGUGAUGGCUGGUCUGUUGCACCAGAGGCUGUCGUGGUACAAUAUGAGUAACCCGUAGUGAGCCAAUGUAGGGGAAGAAGGAAAAUGUGUCCAAGUACAAUUGAGAAUCGCCAUAAUGCUACCAUUUUAGCCAUACUUCAUUGUGGUAUUGGCCCUCUUGGAGGCUUUACUGCUGAUUGAGUUUUUUUUUCUUAUUCACUAGAGAAAAUGAGCUCAGCAAUUUCUCAGAAGAUUAUUUACUGCUCGUGAACAGAUCGGUGUUAGAGUUUAGUUUUCGAUAAAUUUGGCAAUUCAAAAUAGGAUUAAGCAUAAGAAAAUCGGUUGGCAAUCAACUUGUACAAAGCUCAUCGUUUGUAUUAAAUUUUUUGGUGAGGAUAUUGAA